UCCCAACUUGCCAUUGGAAAUAUCAGAAAUGGAAGGCGAGGAAAUCGCAAUCUUCCAACUGCCCAAAAUAUGUUAAUGAUGAGAUACGACAUGAUGCUUGAGGCAGAAGCGCAAGCUUACGCAAGCUCGUGCCCAACAAACGAAUCUGCUGUCGCUUCACGUCCAGCGUCUGGCGAAAAUUUUGCAAUUAUUCCAUCAUCGACUUCUGCUCUUGACGCUGCCGCUGUAAAAUCAUGGUGGAGCAUAAUAUUCCGCAAUGGUAUAAACAGAAAGGUUGUAUACACCGAGUUUCUGGAACGUAAACCAAUGUCGCCGAGAACUUUCACUCAGAUGGCUUGGGCUGGUUCAUACAGACUCGGAUGCGGAAUGAGCAAUUGCAGUUUAGGCAGAACUGUCGUUUGCCGCUAUCGCCCUCGUGGAAACGUCUACCAGGAACAAAUUUACAUCCCUGGUCCAGUGUGCGGUAGCUGCUUUGCUGGAAACUGCGUAGAUGGACUUUGUCCUACACCCACAGUGUAG